CUCUUACCUUUCCUGCAAGGCUCACCUGUGGGGUUCAAACUCCAGAUCUGUACAAACGUCUUGUGAUUUAAAUCCCGACUGGCUGUCAAAAGGAACCAGCACCAUGGAGUCUCCAGGGAAGGACUCCCCCGUCAGAAGCGGCUAUCACAGACUGGAGGUCCAGAAAACCACGUGGGACGUCCCGGACAAAUACACCUCGCUGCGGUCGAUCGGCUCCGGAGCUUACGGGACAGUGUGUUCUGCCCUUGACCAGAAGACCAAGGAGAAGGUGGCCAUCAAGAAGCUGUACCGACCGUUCCAGUCCCUGAUCCACGCCCAGCGAGCCUACAGGGAGCUCAGGCUGCUGCGACACAUUCAGCACGAAAAUGUGAUCUGCCUCCUCAACGUCUUCACACCCGACUCCACACCAGAAAAGUUCCAAACCUUUUAUAUGGUCAUGCCGUUAGUAGCCCAGGAUCUGGGCCACAUAAUGAAGAAGCGGAGAUUAACUGAUCGCAUCAUCACAUACCUGUUCUACCAGCUGCUCAGAGGACUCAAGUAUAUUCAUUCUGCAGGCAUCGUCCACCGGGAUCUGAAGCCUGGUAACCUUGCUGUGAAUGAGAACUGUGAAUUAAAGAUCCUGGACUUUGGACUUGCAAGACAGGCAGAGAGUGAAAUGACUGGUUAUGUAGUGACGCGCUGGUACAGAGCACCAGAGGUCAUAUUCAACUGGAUGCACUACAGUCAAACAGUGGACGUGUGGUCGGCCGCCUGUAUCCUGGCGGAGAUGAUCACUGGCCAGGUGCUUUUCCCCGGACACGACAGUAUUGAUCAGCUGAAGAAGAUCCUCCGGCUGACAGGGACACCGGACUCCUCCCUGGUCCAGAAGAUGCAGAGUAAAGAUGCGCAGUCGUAUGUGCAGGGUCUACCUCCGCAGAAGAAGAAAAUCUUCAACGAAGUGUUUCCAUCAAUGGAGGGAAAUGCUGUAGACAUUCUGGAGGGCAUGUUGAUACUGGACCCAGAGACCAGGCUGACAGCCAAGCAGGGCCUUGGGCACCCUUUCCUGGCUGAAUACCAUGAGCCAGAGAGCGAGCCGGACUCUGACCCCUAUGACGACUCCUUCGAGAGCCUGGAGCUCGCCGUUGGGGAGUGGAAGAGUCUUAUCCACAUGGAGAUCAUGACAUUUGACCCUGAAAACCCCAGUAAGACGGCCAUGUAGGAAGCUUCGAUGUGCUGGCGCCAUCAAGUGUUGAUUUUAAUACAGACACAAACUGAAUGGUCAACAACAUUGUCAAACACUGAGAAACCAAUUAAAGAACAUUUAGAUAUUGUCUGAAACAUCUGAUAGGCAUUACACAUUUAAAUGUGUUUAAUUGAAGGGCAGCUUUACUUGGUAUGGUGGUACAACAGUGCAAAAUAGUAAUUGUAGGUCAAGAAUAAAUACCUUACUGAGCCAUGGAGGACUUCUGAGACUAAAUGGUUUGUUUCCAAGAAAAAACACCUUUUUAUUUUAUGACAAUUAAAGUUGUAGAUUUUGAGAAGAAAAUCACAUAUACUGUAUAGGCCUCCAGUGAAAAAAAGCGAGCCCUCCUCAUGCAAUCAGGUUUGCAACACUGAGAUACUGGUUGUUUUGGCCUCCAAUGAACAUAUUACCAUAAGCAUCUGAACGUUGACAGGACAGGACUGUGAAUCGGGCCUGUAUUAUAACCUUCUCGUUUUUUCUUGGGUAAAACCUCCAUCUUGUUUUAUUUUCACCUGCAAUGGCCCUGAUGGUAUGGUGACCUGUACAAGACAAUAAUAAACAGAAAGUCUAUGCGGAAAAUCUACUAUUUUAUGAUAGAAAGAUAACCCUGUCUUAUAAUAAAAAAUACCCUUGGUUGCAUUGUAUCUGGCUUCACAAGGACAGUUAUUAUCCAUGUCUCCUUCUGUACGUUCUCGUGCUACAUACUAAAGGGUAUAAUAGUGCAAUUUCUUUAAAAAGAUGCUGUUUUUUUAUUGUUGGAGUUCACAACAUUUUUUGCAAAUAAAACAUGGUAUAACAUGA